UUAAAAAACAAGAAACUUUAGGUUGUUUCAUCAUUAUCGAUUUAACUCUUUCCUUAGUUUGUAUUAGUUCUUUACAAUAAAAAAAGAUAGCCAUGUAUGAAAAACAGGCAUUCGAAUCGGAUGACUAUCAAGUCCUUAAAAAUAUUCGGCAGCGUCUCGAACUUGAUUUACAAAGAGAGAUCGAGAAAUUACAACUUCGAAGAAUGUUAGCUACCUAUCGCAACUUGAAUACUGGGAAGACGACGAAUACGAAAAAUGAAAAUCACAAGCAUAAAGAACACACGAAGAACCAACCCAUCCUGCCGGAAGUUGGACAGUUUGUUGUGGACCCCAAAUCCGGAAAGAAAUAUUUGAGAGGUCGUCUCAUGGGAAAGGGUGGAUUCGCUCGAUGUUACGAAGUUACCGACGUUCAAACAGACAAAAAAUACGCGUGCAAAGCCAUCUCGAAAGCUCGCAUCGCAAAACCGCAUCAACAGCAAAAGAUUGCUAAUGAAGUGGAACUACACAAAAGCUUCAACGGACACUUCAUUGUUCGUUUUUACUGCUUCUUCGAAGAUGAUGACAAUGUUUACAUUUUAUUGGAACUAUGCAGUCGAAAGUCCAUGGUCCAACUACUUAAACAACGCAGAACAUUAACCGAACCCGAAGUGCGAUAUUUCAUGGCGCAAGCUGUAAAAGGAGUAUAUUAUUUACACAAUGAGCAAAUUAUACAUCGGGACAUCAAGUUGGGUAAUCUCUUCAUCAACAACGAUAUGGAGAUCAGAAUCGGGGAUUUCGGAUUAGCAGUUAAAGCAGAUAAAGACGGCAAAAAGGAAAUGUCUGUGUGUGGUACACCCAACUACAUUGCUCCUGAAGUGCUCAGCAAAACAGGCCAUUCCUUUGAAGUAGAUACCUGGGCACUAGGUUGCGUGAUGUACACGUUACUUGUUGGUCGCCCGCCGUUUGAAACGAGCUGUUUAAAAGAUACGUACAUGAGAAUACGAAACAAUGAAUAUGCCAUACCAUCCAGGAUCACAAGACCUGCGGCUAAACUUAUACAAAAGUUUUUAAGUGAAAGACCGGAAGACCGGCCACGAUUAGAUACUGUUUUAAAUGAUGAAUUUUUUACACGGGGGUUCUUUCCAAGACACUUACCUUCCAUAUGUUGUGUUGCGCCACCUAAAUUUACCUCCAUGAAAAAUAAAAACUGUACUUCGAAUAAACGAUAUGUACGCCACCCUGGCUCGGAACAAGUCGAAAUCCAGGAAGCGAUGUCGAAGAUAAAUAUACGUGAUAAAGUUGAUGACGAUCAACACGAGAGUGGGUUUGACAGUCAAGAAUCCAACGUAAACUGUGACGAACACUACCUGGAAGAAGAGCUGAACGAGACAUCUUAUGGAUACCACACUCCACAAACAUUAUACGAACGACUUAACACGUGUCUUAAUUCAAUGCCCGAUCCACACUGCACUGCUCUGUCUGAUCCGAUCUCGACCGGCACAUCAGAUUCUGAGGAGGAGAACAGUUUAGUGGAAGGUUUUGCACACCCCCAUAGAUUGUGGAUUACGAAAUGGGUGGACUAUAGUAACAAGUAUGGCUUUGGUGCGCAGCUCUCAAAUGGUUGUAUUGUAAUACGGUAUAAUGAUGGAACAACGCUGGCGGUUGAUGCCCCAAAAAGAAGACUCCAAUAUUUUGACGAGGAUAGAAAUAUCUUCCGGUUCAGUGUAAACAACAUACCUGAAGAUCUCAGUCGUAAAGUCACCCUUCUAAACUACUUUUCAAAUUAUAUGGAUAAACAUCUUCUCAAGGGUGGUGAUCUAGAAGAUCCUACGAAGCAGGACACAUUCCCUGAGAUGGCCAUCAUCGAUAUUUGGUUUCGAACUGAUAAAGCCAUGGUGAUGUACUUAAGCGAUGGAACACUGCAGGUGAACUUUUUAUCUGAUCACACAAAAAUCAUUCUCAAUCCUGAAAAUAACCUCGAUGUAGUGACAUACAUCAAUCAAAGCAGAGAAAGCCACGUGACUAGUUUACAGGCUGUUUCUAAACGAGGUUGCAAUGAAGAUGUGAAUGAGAGGUUACAGUAUUGUCUGAUGGUACUUCACAAGUUGACGGAGAUGUAUUUGGAUGAUAUGAAGUGAAGUCUGAAAUCUCUUUCUCUGACAGAUACCUAGAAUUGUCAACAGGAAAUGUCCAUUGACACAUCAACUCUUUUUACCUUCAGAAACGUCAAAUCUUAAUAAAAAAUACGAUGGCUAAAGAAACUCUUUUAUUCAAACGAACAAUCAAUACGUGCCUUUACUUUUAAUAAUACAAAUAGAGUCUAAAAAAUCCCUACAAAAGAGUUUUUUUUUUACCUCUCAAGGAAUAAUACUGUCGUAUUGCGGCUUCAAAAGAUUUCCGUCUGUGUUUUGUAUCAUAAUUUUUAAAUAAAUUUUACGCAAAUACUAUUUUUAAUUUUUGUAAAUAUACUUGUAUCAUAUUUAUAUAGUUAGAUAAAUAGAUUACAUUUUCAUAUAUA